CCACCUCCCACUCCUGCAGUAGUUGGUGUUGAAGCAAACUCACCACCACUGCCAUAUCUUCGCGAGUCUCCCUCAGCAACGAGCUGAAAAAGGAGAUGCCCUGAGGAAAAUGAGACCCCACGACGCCACAAAAAAACAGAAAACAUCUCUUCAAAAUAUUCAAAAUAGGGACAGGGUUUUUUAAAAGACCGUAAUGACCGGCUGCGUCCAAGAUUCCAGAUUUCGUGACCCGUGGCCCGACUGCAGCAGAGUGUACGAAGCAAACUAAACCUGAUCCAGUCGAUUUGUUCCCGUUGACGUACCCUCCUACUCUGAGGGAGCUCACUGUUGAGACGUCAAACACCUAUUCAAUGCAAACUGAAGGGAAGACACUUGAUCUGAACGUGGAUGACUUGCUGACUUUCUACAGGGUUCUUCUCACAUCUGGCUACAGUUCUGUGCCGCGGCGACACAUGUUUUGGUCAGCAGACCCUGAUGUCUGCAACGAAGUUCAUCUCAAAUGCAAUGAGGAGGAAUCGCUUUGAUGAGAUAAGGGCCUCAGUCCAUCUGCUGGAGACCUCAAAGUCCACAAACGACCCUUUCUACGAAGCGCGGCCCAUCUUCAGUGCUCUGAAUGAGUCUUACAAAAUGAUGCCAUACUCAAAAUGGUCACCGGUUAACGAAAGCAUGAUAAAUUAUUACGGCAGGCAUGGUUGCAAGCAGUUCAUCGGGGCAAACCAAUCCGCUUUGGGUAUAAACAUCACCUACAGGGUACAUGUAUCAUAUGGAGCCCUAUUGCGGAGUGCACACACAUCUUCCUGAAACUGGUCUAGGACAGCACCCAAGUGUAGUCUAGCCGAACAAGCAGAAGUUCCUCCAGGAUGUACCAUUGUACAUGACAACCUUUUCACCUCACUUAGCCUCCUUGAUGAAAUGACAAAACGAGGUUAUGGAUGUGAAGAAGUUCAAAAAAAUACCUUUGCUGAAGCUCCGAGGUCCUUUCCCAACAGGGGGAAAAGGUACUGGUGUGGUGGAAGGAUAACCUUGUUGUAACCAUGGCAACCCAUGCUGUUGAGACACAUUCUUAGGUGCCCGUAAAAAGGUGGAACAAAGAGAAAAAAGCCUAUGACAAAGUUCCAUGUUUAUCCUCACAUGCAACCAAAACGUGGGGGGUGUGGAUCUGCAUGAUCUUCAGGUGUCAAGAUACAGGGCUACAAUAAGGUCAAAGAAUUGGUGGUUUCCAACCUUUUCUUGGUCCCUUCACAGCGCGGUGGUUGUUCCUCAGAGAUGUUGUUGGUAGUGAAUAUGACCUCCUGGCCUUUCAGCGAUCUGUGUCCCUGGGUCUCCUAAAAAGAUAUGGAAAAGCACCUCUUGGCCCUGGCAGAAGACGUUCGAUGGCAACAACUGUCACUCAGGAUUCUGCAAGAGGUGUGCCUCUCACAUCUAAUACUGUCUUGCUCAGUGGCCAUUGCUGUCGUGGUGCUAACCGCUUGGUACAUCAGAGAUUCUUUGAGAAUUGAUGACAUCGAUAAGAAGUACGUCCUCGUGACGGGGUGCGAUAGCGGCUUUGGAAAUCUCGUGGCCAGGCAGCUCGAUCGACAAGGUUUUCACGUAAUCGCCGCGUGUCUUACGGAACCUGGUUCCUCCAAACUGUCUGCCGAGGCCUCCCCCAGACUGAAGACGGUUCUGCUCAAUGUAACUGACAGCGCAAGCAUCGAGAAAGCGGUGGAGUUUGUGCGCCUCCAGACUGGAGAGCGAGGUCUAUGGGGUUUAAUUAAUAACGCAGGGAGAUCCAUCCCCAUUGGUCCGACAGAAUGGAUGCAGCUGGAGGACUUUAAGAAGGUUCUAGAUGUUAACCUGAUUGGCUUAAUCGACGUGACCCUGAAGUUCCUGCCACUCAUUAAAAAGGCUCAAGGGAGGGUAGUGAACGUCGCCAGUAUCCUGGGUAGACUGUCUCUGACUGGUGGAGGAUACUGUCUGUCAAAAUGGGGCGUGGAGGCGUUCUCAGACAGCCUAAGGAGGGACAUGCGGCACUUUGGCGUGAAAGUGAGUAUUAUUGAGCCCGGCUUCUUUAAGACACAGGUGACUGACCUGGGCCUCAUAGAGGCUGACCUCCAGAGGCUGUGGGACCGGCUGCCCGUGGAGGUCAGAAGGUCGUAUGGAGAAGAGUAUCUGAUGGAAUAUAUGAAGGCCCAGGCGUUCUCUAUGGGCAUACUGUGCAGCAAAGACAUCUCCAAGGUGACGGCCUGCAUGAGGCACGCUCUCUCGUCACGUUACCCGCGGACGAGGUACGGGGCAGGCUGGGACGCCAAGCUCCUGUGGAUCCCUCUCUCCUACAUGCCUUCUUUUGUGGCUGACUUCAUCAUCAGGGUUCUUCUGCCAGCGCCCAAAGGAAGCUGAACCCCCCACGCCACAGUCCAGGGUUCAAUUACAUUUCAGCCCAAAGUUAAAGCAGGAUCUGCUGUUAAAUGUAAUUAUUUCAGUUCGUUUUUUUUCAUAAAUGUAAUAAUUUCAUAAAUGUUCAUUAUUUCAACGGCCUUCUUGGUCAUGGAAAAUGAUUGAUGGUCUCUGGUUAAAGCACUGAAGUUCACUUUGAUGACUGAGUUGAAUCUUAAGAGUUCAUAUUAGUUUUGCUCAAAACUUCAUGGAUCAGUUAAAGAAAUAAACUAUGUGGUUCAUAGUAAUAGCCUUUUUUUCCUUUGCAUGUGACAGUCUGUUGUCGCAGUACUUCCUAAACUGAAAACACAUUUGAUUAUAUGUCUUAGCAUAUAAUCAGGGUUAGCAUAUGUCUUACCAUUUGGAAAGUAUCAUCAGAACAUUAAGACCAAAUUUUAUUCUGAAGUCUCCAGGAAUAUGAACAAAACGUACUGUAUUUUUUUCCAUGUUUUUCUCAUCAUGGUUUGUAGGAGUUUUUCAUUACAUGAAGUCACCGUGAGCCAAUUUCAAGACGUUUUGACAGAAAUUGUUUUUCUUUUCAUCAUGAAUUUCUUGGACUGAGCUAAGAUCGCAUCCAACCAAACCUCUCUACGCAUUUUACUCUUUACAUGAACAUACUCUUCAGUCUGAUCAAGUUUGAGACUAGGUUUACUGUGAAAGACUUUUUUUUUUCCAAAUGUUGUUGUAAAAUGCCUGCAAGCCAUGCAAAAUAUUAUGCAUGUUCAUAUUAUGACAUUGUUCACUCACCCUGUUAGAUGUGAUGUCAUGAGAAAAACAACAACAAACCAUUUAUAAAACAAGAGAUUUAUUUGAUUUUUCUUUCAGCAGCAUUGGUUUGUGUUCCAGUCCUUUACUAUCAACAAAAAUGUGGGCAUAUUCCGAAUCAUCAACAAAUUGAUACAUGUUUAUUUUCCUUUUCAUUAAUACAUAAAAAUCAUUCAAACCUGACUUCUCCUGUGGAUAUAAACGCUUUCAGUCCGUGGGCUUACAGCUCAAAAACAGAGUGUGGAGACAGAUCCAGCAGUAUAGUAGAGUCAUAGACAAGUCAUCUAUGCUAAAUCAUGGGCCCGUUCAAGUAUAUUUCCAAACAAGAGUUUACAAAAGGAUCAGUCUGUAUAAGCACUGGUCACUCCUGCUGUCCUGGGUGCAGGGCAGAACGGAAAAUACUGGAUUCUGCUUUUGUUUCAAACGUUUGAUUCAGGUCAUACUAUCUUUAAAAAAAAAAAA